AUGUCGACACUCUCAUCUCCCCGUCCGUCGAUCGCUUCCUCUCGUGCACACUCACCGACUCCAGCAUCAUCACGCCGUCCAUCUCUCGACACUUUGAAUACGAAUGUCGGCGGAGGUCUCAGUGCCUCGUCUACUCCCUCUACAGCCCGAGCCGUCUCUCCAUCUCUCCAUCCAAGACGCAAUCGCACCGCUCUUCGGGACUACUACAAUUUAAGACAUUCCGCUGCCGAUCCCUCAGGCAAUGGAAGCAACUUCCGCUCCCGCAGCAUCCCCAGACACACCGAUGCCGGGGACAUGUCCAGUCCGUCAUCAGUGGUAGCUACAGGAACAGAAUUGGAUAGCCCGGACUUCGACCCUCAGCGUUACGUUAAUCACCUGUUGGCUACUUCUUCAUUGUCGACUGUGCUCAAGGCGGAGAACACUCUUGUUGGCGAUAUCAAAACACUUGACAGUGAGCGCAAGGCACUUGUCUAUGACAACUACUCGAAGCUGAUCCGGGCGGUGGAAACAAUUGGCAAGAUGCGUCAAAGUAUGGACGAGCGUGGGGCACCUCUGACUAUGACGAAGACUCUUGGUCCGGCUAUUGCAUUUGUGGCCGAAACGGCCACAGGUCUGAUACAGGAAGGCGAAGAGCAGCAGCGGCGCAUGCGAGAGGCCAAGGCUACAGACGAAACGGACCGCCGAAAGGCAGAAAAGGCAACGGUACAGUGGGUUCUUGGAGCACCAAGUUGGCUAGAGAAGCUUCUGUCAGAGGGCAAUGAGGAUGAGGCCACCAAUGACUGGGAGGAAAUACGGAACCUGCUUGAUAAGUGGGAGGGCGUUAGAGGGGUGGCUGAGAUUCGCCAGGCUUGCGAGAAGGUCAUGAAACGCGAUGAAGCCCCUUGA